UAAUGUUCAGUUGAAGCCCAGAAGAAGCAAAACCCCAACAGAACGGCGGCGUUUCGGAGUUGUGAGCUACAGUGUUCACUGUGCAUAUACGUAUAUAAACAGAAGAGACGGUUAAUUGUGAUAGUUACAGGCGUAGAGCUCAAAAUCUCGAAAUCCUUCUUCUCCUUCCAUAUUUUUGAGAUCUGAAACCAGAAAUCAAAUCCGCGCUCUGACAAUGGUGGCUCCCAAUCUCUGAGAGAGAGAGAGAGAGAGAGAGAGAGAUUGGAAGGGCUCUCUCUGGUUUUGAUUUCGGAAUCGGAAUCGGAAUCAAUGGCGGUGGUGAUUGAGAGCUCCGUUUGGGAACCGAGCCCCGCGCUUUACAUCUUCAUCUUCUUCGCCUGCCUCUUCUCGAUUCUCUUCUUCCCUUACGCCUCCGGCAGCACCUCCGCCGCGAAAGCUGCUCCGUCUCUGUUCGACCAUGGAGUCUCCCCCACCGCUUCGUCUCAGAGGAACUUCCUGCUUCUCUAUUCUCUCGCCUCAGUUAUGGAAGGACUGUGGUCGGUGUUCGGUGAAGUUGAGCUAGCUUACUACGGAUUAAGCAAAGAGAAAAUGGUGCUUUAUCUCUGUGUAGGACUUGCGGCUUCGAUUUCUAUCGGUUCUUUCUUAGGACUACUUUCUGAUUUAAUAGGUCCAAAGAAAGUUUGCUUCUUCUUUUGCUUUCUACACCUCCUUGUUGGCUUGUUGAAGAGAAUCGUCCCUCAUUCGAGUGUUUGGGUGGCGAGCAUUUGUUUGUCAAUCACAAGUUCAGUUUUUUCGUUCGGUUUCGAGACGUGGAUGGUAGUUCAACAUGAAGAGCAAGGGCACAGGCAAGAUAUGCUGAGUGAGACAUUUUGGUUAAUGAGUUUCUUCGAGUCAGCAUGUCUUAUUGGUAGCCAGGUUUUUUCAAAUUGGCUCAUCGCUAAUAAUGCAGAGACAAGUAUGGCGUCUCAUUCUACUGCAGCUAUCUUCUUGGCAGUAAUAAGCUUAGUCUGUCUCACCAAGGGAUGGAAAGAAAUCCCACAUAAAGUAGCUCUUAAGGAGUAUAGGGCAUCUUUUCGUGCAUACAUUGUUGGCGAUAAAAGAGUAUGGCUUUUGGCAUGGGCACAAGCUUGCCUUCACUUCUCUGUUGCAGUAUUCUGGAUACUAUGGGCCCCAACAAUAGUGGCUGAUGGACGAGAAGUGCACCUAGGGUUGAUAUAUCCAUGUUUUCUUGGAUCAAGAAUGCUUGGAAGCACAGUAUUCCCAUGGCUCAUUAGUGGACUGUCAUCCCUUAGAACUGAUGAUUGCCUAGUAUAUGCAUUCAUUGUACUGGGGCUAGUAAUGUCCAUAACAGCUUAUGAUUAUCAGGAAGUUGGGAUGCUAGUGACACUAUUUUGCAUAUUUCAUGCCGGCCUUGGCGUGGUUUUGCCUUCACUUGCCAGAUUGAGAACCAUGUAUGUGCCUAAUGCACUGCGUGGAGGGAUGAUAAGCCUUUCUCAAGCCCCCGCAAAUGCAGCAAUUCUGCUUUUUCUGGUGCAAGGAAAGUACCACAAUAACAUUGGAAACUCAACGAUCAUAGCAUUUGCUGCCCUUGGGUUAUUCACAGCAGCCGGUUGCAUGCAUGUCUUGAAGCGAUGGGGGAAGCAACCAUAUCAGAACUGGCACAAAUUAUGAACUGGUACUAAAUCAUCAGCGUAUUGGCUGAGUCAGACAUCAUUAAACAAUCAUUGACUAACAGAAGAAAUCAUGUGCCUAACACUUAACUGAGUCUGUAGGAAUUAACUGAAAGUCUUGCCCAAGGCGGAAGUCAGCUAUCGAUUCUUGGCCAGUGUGUCCAAUUCAAGUUUCCCAACCCAUCUCAGCCUCCUAAGUUUCUGUGCACAUAUGCAGGUUAGUCGGGAUAAGAGAAGGGACGUACAUGCUUACUACCAGCUGUGUAAACUACUAGUUGGAGUUUAGGGAUCGGUUGAUUAGCAGUAGGCGAGAACUGCAAGUCUCUGUCAUCCCCAUUUUGACGAUUUUUUAAAUAGAUAUAUUCUUUUUGGUUCUUUUUAAUUUGGGUUGUAAUUCUUCCACUUAUAGUGGCAUAAUGACAAGUAUAGUUUGUCAAAACCUUGUACUCAAUAGAUGGUAAACGAAAACAAGGAGCCUUCUCUGAAAAGUAUGGUCAUGUGUAGGAGUCUAACACCAUUAGGCUGAACCCAAUAUAUAAUUGCACUAUUUCAAUA